AUGGUUACCGGUAUUGAGGUGACCGGGCUGGUUCUAGCCAUACUCCCUCUCAUUAUCAACCAACUGGACAACUAUGUCCAGGGAGUGGAAACUAUCAAGUCCUUUCGAACAAAAAGGUAUCGGCGAUAUCUGGAUGAACACGCGGCGAUUCUGGGCGGACAAUACGCAAUCCUGAUCAAUUGUCUGGAAGUGAUACUAGAAGAUACAGUUCCCGAAGAUCAAAUUUCGAGACUCCUGGCAAAUACAAGAGAUCCGCUGUGGGCGGAUGUAACUUUCCAGAGACAACUUCAGCAAAGGCUAGGCCGGGACUAUACACCAUUUUGCGACAUCAUGAGCCAAGUUUCUCACACCCUCGAAGAGCUUGCAAGGAAAAUGGAGCUUCCAAUUGGUACUUUAGUGGCUCGAUCUUUUGUCGAUCUUGGCCGGCACUAA